UCCUCGCCACCUUCUCUGCGCCCAUGGCCCGCGCUGCCCCCCGCACCCCCCGGCUCCUGCGGGCCGCGCUGCUGCUCCUGCUCCUGGUCGCCGCCGGCCGCCGCGCAGCAGGAGCGCCCGUGGUCGCCGAGCUGCGCUGCCAGUGCCUGCAGACCGUGCAGGGCAUUCACCUCAGGAACAUCCAGAGUGUGAAGGUGACGCCCCCGGGCCCCCACUGCGCCCAGACCGAAGUCGUAGCCCAGCUCAAGAACGGGCAGGAGGCUUGUCUCAACCCCGCGGCCCCCAUGGUCAAGAAGAUCAUUGAGAAGAUGCUGGACAAGUGAG